AUGUCAGAAUUCUUCAUCGAGAACAAGUCUGUCGGCGACUCGCAAAACUCUGAAGACUGGCGCAUUCGAGGCUACAACCCGCUCACGGCCCCAGAUCUCCUCCAGCACGAGAUUCGCCAGUCGCCGAAGUCGAGGGAAACCGUCCUGACCGGCCGCAAUGAGACCGUCGAUGUUGUCCACGGCAGAGACGCUCAGCGGAGGUUGCUCGUCGUUAUCGGUCCGUGUUCGAUCCACGACCCCAAGGCCGCACUCGAGUACUGCGAUCGACUGCUCAAGCUGAAGGAGAAGUACAAGAACGACCUCCUCAUCGUCAUGCGCUCGUACCUGGAGAAGCCGCGAACAACCGUGGGGUGGAAGGGUCUGAUCAAUGACCCGGAUAUCGACAACACCUUCAAGAUCAACAAGGGCCUGCGCGUGUCGAGGCAGCUCUUCGUGGACCUGACGGAGAAGGGCAUGCCUCUAGCGAGCGAGAUGCUGGACACCAUCUCUCCCCAGUUCUUGGCCGACUUGCUGAGUGUGGGAGCGAUUGGCGCUAGGACGACUGAGUCGCAGCUCCACCGUGAGCUAGCAUCUGGUCUCUCCUUCCCCGUGGGGUUCAAGAACGGCACCGACGGCUCCCUGGACGUUGCCAUUGACGCGAUCGGCUCUGCCAAGCAUCCCCACCACUUCCUCUCAGUCACCAAGCCUGGCAUCGUGUCCAUAGUUGGCACCAUCGGCAACGACGACUGCUUCGUCAUACUGCGGGGCGGCAAGAAGGGUCCGAACUAUGACUCGAUGAGCAUCAAGGAGGCGCGCGAGAAGCUGGGAGCCAAGGGACUUAAUGGGCGGUUGAUGGUCGACUGUAGCCACGGCAACUCGGAGAAAAACCACAAGAACCAGCCCAAGGUCGCUCACGUCCUGGCUGAGCAGAUUGCAGCUGGAGAGACGAGCAUCAUGGGCGUCAUGAUCGAGAGCAAUAUCAACGAAGGCAACCAGAAAGUUCCGCAGGAAGGCAAAGAGGGGCUCAAGUAUGGCGUGAGUAUCACUGAUGCCUGCAUCAACUGGGAGGAUACGGAGAAGGUCCUCGAGGAACUCGCGACGGCGGUGCAGAAGAGGAGGGACGCGCUCGGCGUGAAUGGCACUCACUAG